ACGACGAGAUGAGCUGGCACAACAGCAUUACCGGCCGCGCAUGCAGCUGCUCCUUCCUCCUUCCUUCUUCGCCCUCAAGACUUCACAGUCAAAUUUACUCAACUCUUCAAUAUUCACAGACCCUCCCUUUGGUCACAGUUCAACAAUGCUCAGAUUCCUCCGAUCCCGUCGACGCUUCCCUUACGGAUCCUGCCUCUGUAUCGCCGUCUCUUCCCUCCUUCUUCUUCUUUUCUUUGUCUCUCUCCUUUACUCUCGCCUCUCCCGUUCUCUCCCUCACCCCCACAUCCUCCACACUCCCUUUCUUGAAGACGAAUACGACUCUUGGAGCGGAAAAAUCGAUGACGUGAUCAAUGAGAUUGAUAUUAUUGAUGUGGACCAGGACCAACAUCAACAGCAAAAAGAGCCAGCGGAUUUAGAAGACGAGUAUUCAGGGUCUGAUAGGCUGAUCAAGGAUUCUGGGUAUUUCUUUGAUCACGUAAGUGGGUGUAUAAGGAGGGCUUUUAAGAAGCGCACGAUAGAGGAAUGGGAUGAUAAUGGUGCUGGAUUUCUUGCGGGAUCCCGGAUGGAGGAGGAUCGGAGUAAGGCUGCCUUUGCUUCCGAUGAUACGCCGGUGGACGAGGACGUGAGGAGGAAAGCAGCACAGGUGACCGGAAUUGAGGACGCACUGUUGCUGAAAUUGGGAAGGAGAGUCUCGCCCCUAAGAGAAGGAUGGGGUGAUUGGUUCCAGAAAAAGGGCGAGUUUUUGAAGAAGAAUAAGAUGUUCAAGUCCAAUUGGGCUGUUCUAGACCCCAUGAGCAAUCUGAUGCUGCAAGAUCCAGAUGAAUUCAGCUUGGCCAGGUUUACAGAGGGUGACCGAAAUUCACUUAAGUGGUGGAUGAAUGAAUUUAAUAAAACCCCAUUUCUCGGUCAGAAGACUUCGGCCAGAUCCAAGGAGACCCGUGAUUCAGGCUUGCAAGAAUAUGAUGAUGAGGUUAUAAAUUAUAAUUCUACUGCUUGCAAAUGUAAGGCUACGAGUAAUAGAGAGUCAACGAGUGAGACUAAAGGAAUAGAGCGUGGAACUUUAAAUGACAAUGAGAGAAAUGGAGCAGAUAAUGUAUUUUCUUUCAAGAGUGACGGACAGUCAAGAAGUGAGGUUAAAGGUGCCGAACGUUGGAAUUUAAAUGAAAAUGCAGGUGAUGGUUCUACUGAAAAAGACAUGAAUUAUGGUAGCCAGGAGCAUCUAGGCAGUGAGGAAAAAGCCAUUGGCAAACUGGGUCGCUCAAGUGGCUCUAAGGAUGUCGCCUCUGAGAUUCAGAGGAGGCCUGAGUUUCUUAAUCAUAUAUACGCAGAUGGUAAGAGAUGGGGAUACUAUCCUGGGUUGCCUCCACAUUUAGCAUUUUCAGAAUUUAUGGAUGCCUUUUUCAGGAUGGGAAAAUGUGAUAUGAGGGUGUUUAUGGUGUGGAAUUCACCACCUUGGAUGUAUGGUGUUCGGCAUCAACGUGGGCUUGAGAGUUUACUCUACCACCAUCGAGACGCCUGUGUGGUGGUGUUCUCAGAGACAAUUGAGCUUGACUUCUUUAAAGAUAACUUUGUAAAUGAUGGCUAUAAAGUUGCUGUUGCCAUGCCAAAUCUUGAUGAACUGCUGAAGGAUACUCCAACCCACAUUUUUGCUUCCAUCUGGUUUGAAUGGAGAAAGAUAAAUUUCUAUUCAACUCAUUACAGUGAACUUAUCCGUCUUGCAGCUCUGUACAAGUACGGUGGGACCUAUCUAGACUCAGAUAUCAUUGUUUUAAAACCAAUCUCUUCCCUUAACAAUUCUGUUGGUAUGGAGGAUCACAUUGCUGGAAGUGCUUUGAAUGGUGCUGUGAUGGCAUUUAGAAGGCACAGUCUCUUCAUAAAGGAGUGCUUGAGAGAGUUCUAUUUAACGUAUGAUGAUACCAGCUUGAGAUGGAAUGGUGCUGAACUUUUGACAAGGGUUGCAGGAAAUUUUUUGAAAGGCAGGAAUAAAUAUGUUAAGCAGAUGGAGUUGAAAGAGGAGCCCUCGUAUAUUUUCUUCCCGAUUAGUUCUCAGAACAUCACAAGAUACUUUAUAGCUCCGACAUCAGAGACAGAAAAGGCUCAGCAAGAUGCUCUGUUCAGAAAAAUUUUGCACCAGUCAUUCACUUUUCAUUUCUGGAACUGCUUCACAUCUGCUCUGGUCCCAGAACCAGAAAGCCUCGCGAGUAGGCUUAUCAACUAUUACUGUAUCCGAUGCUCGGAAUUGCUAUAAAUUUCACCAAAUAACGACUACGUCCUGAUCUUGGUCCAAGUCAUGGUAACUCAUACAUCAUUAGCUAGGAAAUCUCCGAAUUUUUCACUAACAAGCAAGAAUUAUAAUCCUUGUGGCCAUAUUACUGGUCUUAGUCUUGUAGUUAAGAAGUCGGGGCCGGUCCUCGUUCGUACACACUUGUACAGUUUUGUUGUGAUGAAACACAAAGGGAGACUCUCAAACCGAGAAAGCUAAAAUUUACAAUUUUAUUGAAGAGCAUGCAUCAAAGAUGCAUCAUGGUUGGUUUAUGAUUUACCCGUAUAGUGGAACUGUGACAUGUAUAACAUGUAACUGUACAUAUUAGUACUCAAUAGCAUGAACGAAGCAAGAUUUUGAUGGUCA